AUGGCGCCAUUGAAGAAAUACACGAAAUCACCGAAACAACUGAACAAACAAGUAUCGCCGGAGCAAGCAACCCUUAUCGAAGAAUCUCCCGACACAGUCCAAAUUACAGAAGUUCAGACUGAAACUGGUGAAACGCGAACCGUCAAAACAAAGAAACGCCGAAUCAAGGGAAAGGAUGGCGCUGUUGAAGAAAUUCACGAAUUCACAGAAAUAACUGAGUUGCCCGACACGUCGGUAGAAGUGGUUGAAGUUCCGGAAGAGACAACCGUCGAAGAAAUCGAUACACCUGAGGGUAAGUUGACUAUAAAAACUAUCAAAAAACGCACAAAGAAGACAAAGCACCUUCGAACACCACAGGACAUAACAGAUGACACUGUCACUGAUGAAACAAUUCCACUAUUAGACAAACAAGUAUCGCCGGAGCAAGCAACCCUUAUCGAAGAAUCUCCCGACACAGUCCAAAUAACAGAAGUUCAGACUGAAACUGGUGAAACACGAACCGUCAAAACCAAGAAACGCCGAGUCAAGGGUAAGGAUGGCGCCGUUGAAGAAAUACACGAAAUCACAGAAACUACUGAGUUACCCGACACGUCGGUAGAAGUGGUUGAAGUUCCGGAAGAGACAACCGUCGAAGAAAUCGAUACACCUGAGGACAAACGAGUAUCGCCGGAGCAAGCAACCCUUAUCGAAGAAUCUCCCGACACAGUCCAAAUUACAGAAGUUCAGACUGAAACUGGUGAAACACGAACCGUCAAAACCAAGAAACGCCGAGUAAAGGGUAAGGAUGGCGCCGUUGAAGAAAUACACGAAAUCACAGAAACUACUGAGUUGCCCGACACGUCGGUAGAAGUGGUUGAAGUUCCGGAAGAGACAACCGUCGAAGAAAUCGAUACACCUGAGGGUAAGUUGACUAUAAAAACUAUCAAAAAACGCACAAAGAAGACAAAGCACCUUCGAACACCACAGGACAUAACAGAUGACACUGUCACUGAUGAAACAAUUCCACUAUUAGACAAACAAGUAUCGCCGGAGCAAGCAACCCUUAUCGAAGAAUCUCCCGUCACAGUCCAAAUAACAGAAGUUCAGACUGAAACUGGUGAAACACGAACCGUCAAAACCAAGAAACGCCGAGUCAAGGGUAAGGAUGGCGCCGUUGAAGAAAUACACGAAAUCACAGAAACUACUGAGUUACCCGACACGUCGGUAGAAGUGGUUGAAGUUCCGGAAGAGACAACCGUCGAAGAAAUCGAUACACCUGAGGGUAAGUUGACUAUAAAAACUAUCAAAAAACGCACAAAGAAGACAAAACACAUUCGAACGCCAAAGGACAUAACAGUUGACACUAUCACUGACGAAACACUUCCACUAACAGACAAACAAGUAUCGCCGGAGCAAGCAACCCUUAUAGAAGAAUCUCCCGACACAGUCCAAAUUACAGAAGUUCAGACUGAAACUGGUGAAACACGUACCGUCAAAACCAAGAAACGCCGAGUCAAGGGUAAGGAUGGCGCCGUUGAAGAAAUACACGAAAUCACAGAAACUACUGAGUUGCCCGACACGUCGGUAGAAGUGGUUGAAGUUCCGGAAGAGACAACCGUCGAAGAAAUCCAUACACCUGAGGGUAAGUUGACUAUAAAAACUAUCAAAAAACGCACGAAGAAGACAAAACACAUUCGAACGCCACAGGACAUAACAGAUGACACUGUCACUGAUGAAACAAUUCCACUAUUAGACAAACAAGUAUCGCCGGAGCAAGCAACCCUUAUCGAAGAAUCUCCCGACACAGUCCAAAUAACAGAAGUUCAGACUGAAACUGGUGAAACACGAACCGUCAAAACCAAGAAACGCCGAGUCAAGGGUAAGGAUGGCGCCGUUGAAGAAAUACACGAAAUCACAGAAACUACUGAGUUGCCCGACACGUCGGUAGAAGUGGUUGAAGUUCCGGAAGAGACAACCGUCGAAGAAAUCGAUACACCCGAGGGUAAGUUGAUUAUCAAUACUAUCAAAAAACGCACAAAGAAGACAAAACACAUUCGAACGCCACAGGAUGUAACAGAUGACACUGUCACUGACGAAGCACUUCCACUGACAGACAAACAAGUAUCGCCGGAGCAAGCAACCCUUAUCGAAGAAUCUCCCGACACAGUCCAAAUUACAGAAGUUCAGACUGAAACUGGUGAAACACGUACCGUCAAAACCAAGAAACGCCGAGUCAAGGGUAAGGAUGGCGCCGUUGAAGAAAUACACGAAAUCACAGAAACUACUGAGUUGCCCGACACGUCGGUAGAAGUGGUUGAAGUUCCGGAAGAGACAACCGUCGAAGAAAUCCAUACACCUGAGGGUAAGUUGACUAUAAAAACUAUCAAAAAACGCACGAAGAAGACAAAACACAUUCGAACGCCACAGGACAUAACAGAUGACACUGUCACUGAUGAAACAAUUCCACUAUUAGACAAACAAGUAUCGCCGGAGCAAGCAACCCUUAUCGAAGAAUCUCCCGACACAGUCCAAAUUACAGAAGUUCAGACUGAAACUGGUGAAACACGAACCGUCAAAACCAAGAAACGCCGAGUCAAGGGUAAGGAUGGCGCCGUUGAAGAAAUACACGAAAUCACAGAAACUACUGAGUUGCCCGACACGUCGGUAGAAGUGGUUGAAGUUCCGGAAGAGACAACCGUCGAAGAAAUCGAUACACCUGAGGGUACGUUGACUAUAAAAACUAUCAAAAAACGCACAAAGAAGACAAAACACAUUCGAACGCCAAAGGACAUAACAGUUGACACUAUCACUGACGAAACACUUCCACUAACAGACAAACAAGUAUCGCCGGAGCAAGCAACCCUUAUAGAAGAAUCUCCCGACACAGUCCAAAUUACAGAAGUUCAGACUGAAACUGGUGAAACGCGAACCGUCAAAACAAAGAAACGCCGAGUCAAGGGUAAGGAUGGCGCCGUUGAAGAAAUACACGAAAUCACAGAAACUACUGAGUUGCCCGACACGUCGGUAGAAGUGGUUGAAGUUCCGGAAGAGACAACCGUCGAAGAAAUCGAUACACCUGAGGGUAAGUUGACUAUCAAAACUAUCAAAAAACGCACAAAGAAGACAAAACACAUUCGAACGCCACAGGACAUAACAGAUGACACUGUCACUGACGAAACACUUCCACUAAUAGAUAAACAAGUAUCGCCAGAGCAAGCAACCCUUAUCGAAGAAUCUCCCGACACAGUCCAAAUUACAGAAGUUCAGACUGAAACUGGUGAAACGCGAACCGUCAAAACCAAGAAACGCCGAGUCAAGGGUAAGGAUGGCGCCGUUGAAGAAAUACACGAAAUCACAGAAACUACUGAGUUGCCCGACACGUCGGUAGAAGUGGUUGAAGUUCCGGAAGAGACAACCGUCGAAGAAAUCGAUACACCUGAGGGUAAGUUGACUAUAAAAACUAUCAAAAAACGCACAAAGAAGACAAAACACAUUCGAACGCCACAGGACAUAACAGAUGACACUGUCGCUGACGAAACACUUCCACUAACAGACAAACAAGUAUUGCCGGAGCAAGAAACCCUUAUCGAAGAAUCUCCCGACACAGUCCAAAUUACAGAAGUUCAGACUGAAACUGGUGAAACGCGAACCGUCAAAACAAAGAAACGGCGAGUCAAGGGUAAGGAUGGCGCUGUAGAAGAAGUACACGAAAUCACAGAAACUACUGAGUUGCCCGAUACGUCGGUAGAAGUGGUUGAAGUUCCGGAAGAGACAACCGUCGAAGAAAUCGAUAUACCUGAGGGUAAGUUGACUAUAAAAACUAUAAAAAAACGCACAAAGAAGACAAAACACAUUCGAACGCCACAGGACACAAAAGAUGACACUGUAACUGAUGGAACACUUCCACUAACAGACAAACAAGUAUCGCCGGAGCAAGCAACUCUUAUCGAAGAAUUUCCCGACACAGUCCAAAUUACAGAAGUUCAGACUGAAACUGGUGAAACGAGAAUCGUCACAACAAAAAAACGCCGAAUCAAGGGUAAGGAUGGCGUUGUUGAAGAAGUACACGAAAUCACAGAAACUACUGAGUUGCCCGAUACGUCGUUAGAAGUGGUUGAAGUUCCGGAAGAGACAACCGUCGAAGAAAUCGAUACACCUGAGGGUAAGUUGACUAUAAAAACUAUCAAAAAACGCACAAAGAAGACAAAACACAUUCGAACGCCACAGGACAUAACAGAUGACACUGUCACUGACGAAACACUUCCACUAACAGACAAACACGUAUCGCCGGAGCAAUCAACCCUUAUCGAAGAAUCUCCCGACCUAGUCCAAAUUACAGAAGUUCAGACUGAAACUGGUGAAACGCGAACCGUCAAAACAAAGAAACGCCGAAUCAAGGGUAAGGAUGGCGCUGUAGAAGAAGUACACGAAAUCACAGAAACUACUGAGUUGCCCGAUACGUCGGUAGAAGUGGUUGAAGUUCCGGAAGAGACAACCGUCGAAGAAAUCGAUACACCUGAGGGUAAGUUGACUAUCAAAACUGUCAAGAAACGCACAAAGAAAACAAAACACAUACACACCCCACAGGACAUAACAGAUGACACUGUCACUGACGAAACACUUCCACUCACAGACAAACAAGAAUCGCCGGAGCAAGCAACCCUUAUCGAAGAAUCUCCCGACAUAGUCCAAAUUACAAAGGUUCAGACUGAAACUGGUGAAACGCGAACCGUCAAAACAAAGAAACGCCGAAUCAAGGGUAAGGAUGGCGCUGUUGAAGAAAUACACGAAAUCACAGAAACAACUGAGUUGCCCGAUACGUCGGUAGAAGUGGUUGAAGUUCCGGAAGAGACAACCGUCGAAGAAAUCGAUACACCUGAGGGUAAGUUGACUAUAAAAACUAUCAAAAAACGCAAAAAGAAGACAAAACACAUUCGAACGCCACAGGACAUAACAGAUGACUCUAUCACUGACGAUACACUUCCACUAACAGACAAACACGUAUCGCCGGAGCAAUCAACCCUUAUCGAAGAAUCUCCCGACCUAGUCCAAAUUACAGAAGUUCAGACUGAAACUGGUGAAACGCGAACCGUCAAAACAAAGAAACGCCGAAUCAAGGGUAAGGAUGGCGCUGUAGAAGAAGUACACGAAAUCACAGAAACUACUGAGUUGCCCGAUACGUCGGUAGAAGUGGUUGAAGUUCCGGAAGAGACAACCGUCGAAGAAAUCGAUACACCUGAGGGUAAGUUGACUAUCAAAACUGUCAAGAAACGCACAAAGAAAACAAAACACAUACACACCCCACAGGACAUAACAGAUGACACUGUCACUGACGAAACACUUCCACUCACAGACAAACAAGAAUCGCCGGAGCAAGCAACCCUUAUCGAAGAAUCUCCCGACAUAGUCCAAAUUACAAAGGUUCAGACUGAAACUGGUGAAACGCGAACCGUCAAAACAAAGAAACGCCGAAUCAAGGGUAAGGAUGGCGCUGUUGAAGAAAUACACGAAAUCACAGAAACAACUGAGUUGCCCGAUACGUCGGUAGAAGUGGUUGAAGUUCCGGAAGAGACAACCGUCGAAGAAAUCGAUACACCUGAGGGUAAGUUGACUAUAAAAACUAUCAAAAAACGCACAAAGAAGUCAAAACACAUUCGAACGCCACAGGACAUAACAGAUGACACUGUCACUGACGAAACACUUCCAAUAACAGACAAACAAGUGUCGCCAGAGCAAGCAACCCUUAUCGAAGAAUCUCCCGACACAGUCCAAAUUACAAAGGUUCAGACUGAAACUGGUAAAACGCGAACCGUCAAAACAAUGAAACGCCGAAUCAAGGGUAAGGAUGGCGCUGUUGAAGAAGUACAAGAAAUCACAGAAACUACUGAGUUGCCCGAUACGUCGGUAGAAGUGGUUGAAGUUCCGGAAGAGACAACCGUCGAAGAAAUCGAUACACCUGAGGGUAAGUUGACUAUAAAAACUAUCAAAAACCGCACAAAGAAGACAAAACACAUUCGAACGCCACAGGACAUAAAAGAUGACACUGUCACUGAUGAAACACUUCCACUAACAGACAAACAAGUAUCGCCGGAGCAAGCAACCCUUAUCGAAGAAUCUCCCGACACAGUCCAAAUUACAGAAGUUCAGACUGAAACUGGUGAAACGCGAACCGUCAAAACCAAGAAACGCCGAGUCAAGGGUAAGGAUGGCGCCGUUGAAGAAAUACACGAAAUCACAGAAACUACUGAGUUGCCCGACACGUCGGUAGAAGUGGUUGAAGUUCCGGAAGAGACAACCGUCGAAGAAAUCGAUACACCUGAGGGUAAGUUGACUAUAAAAACUAUCAAAAAACGCACAAAGAAGACAAAACACAUUCGAACGCCACAGGACAUAACAGAUGACACUGUCGCUGACGAAACACUUCCACUAACAGACAAACAAGUAUUGCCGGAGCAAGAAACCCUUAUCGAAGAAUCUCCCGACACAGUCCAAAUUACAGAAGUUCAGACUGAAACUGGUGAAACGCGAACCGUCAAAACAAAGAAACGGCGAGUCAAGGGUAAGGAUGGCGCUGUAGAAGAAGUACACGAAAUCACAGAAACAACUGAGUUGCCCGAUACGUCGGUAGAAGUGGUUGAAGUUCCGGAAGAGACAACCGUCGAAGAAAUCGAUAUACCUGAGGACAAACAAGUAUCGCCGGAGCAAGCAACUCUUAUCGAAGAAUUUCCCGACACAGUCCAAAUUACAGAAGUUCAGACUGAAACUGGUGAAACGAGAAUCGUCACAACAAAAAAACGCCGAAUCAAGGGUAAGGAUGGCGUUGUUGAAGAAGUACACGAAAUCACAGAAACUACUGAGUUGCCCGAUACGUCGUUAGAAGUGGUUGAAGUUCCGGAAGAGACAACCGUCGAAGAAAUCGAUACACCUGAGGACAAACACGUAUCGCCGGAGCAAUCAACCCUUAUCGAAGAAUCUCCCGACCUAGUCCAAAUUACAGAAGUUCAGACUGAAACUGGUGAAACGCGAACCGUCAAAACAAAGAAACGCCGAAUCAAGGGUAAGGAUGGCGCUGUAGAAGAAGUACACGAAAUCACAGAAACUACUGAGUUGCCCGAUACGUCGGUAGAAGUGGUUGAAGUUCCGGAAGAGACAACCGUCGAAGAAAUCGAUACACCUGAGGGUAAGUUGACUAUCAAAACUGUCAAGAAACGCACAAAGAAAACAAAACACAUACACACCCCACAGGACAUAACAGAUGACACUGUCACUGACGAAACACUUCCACUCACAGACAAACAAGAAUCGCCGGAGCAAGCAACCCUUAUCGAAGAAUCUCCCGACAUAGUCCAAAUUACAAAGGUUCAGACUGAAACUGGUGAAACGCAAACCGUCAAAACAAAGAAACGCCGAGUCAAGGGUAAGGAUGGCGCUGUUGAAGAAAUACACGAAAUCACAGAAACUACUGAGUUGCCCGAUACGUCGGUAGAAGUGGUUGAAGUUCCGGAAGAGACAACCAUCGAAGAAAUCGAUACACCUGAGGGUAAGUUGACUAUCAAAACUGUCAAGAAACGCACAAAGAAAACAAAACACAUACACACCCCACAGGACAUAACAGAUGACACUGUCACUGACGAAACACUUCCAAUAACAGACAAACAAGUGUCGCCAGAGCAAGCAACCCUUAUCGAAGAAUCUCCCGACACAGUCCAAAUUACAAAGGUUCAGACUGAAACUGGUAAAACGCGAACCGUCAAAACAAUGAAACGCCGAAUCAAGGGUAAGGAUGGCGCUGUUGAAGAAGUACAAGAAAUCACAGAAACUACUGAGUUGCCCGAUACGUCGGUAGAAGUGGUUGAAGUUCCGGAAGAGACAACCGUCGAAGAAAUCGAUACACCUGAGGGUAAGUUGACUAUAAAAACUAUCAAAAACCGCACAAAGAAGACAAAACACAUUCGAACGCCACAGGACAUAAAAGAUGACACUGUCACUGAUGAAACACUUCCACUAACAGACAAACAAGUAUCGCCGGAGCAAGCAACCCUUAUCGAAGAAUCUCCCGACACAGUCCAAAUUACAGAAGUUCAGACUGAAACUGGUAAAACGCGAACCGUCAAAACAAAGAAACGCCGAGUCAAGGGUAAGGAUGGCGCUGUUGAAGAAAUACACGAAAUCACAGAAACUACUGAGUUGCCCGAUACGUCGGUAGAAGUGGUUGAAGUUCCGGAAGAGACAACCAUCGAAGAAAUCGAUACACCUGAGGGUAAGUUGACUAUCAAAACUGUCAAGAAACGCACAAAGAAAACAAAACACAUACACACCCCACAGGACAUAACAGAUUACACUGUCACUGACGAAACACUUCCACUCACAGACAAACAAGAAUCGCCGGAGCAAGCAACCCUUAUUGAAGAAUCUCCCGACACAGUCCAAAUAACAGAAGUUCAGACUGAAACUGGUGAAACACGAACCGUCAAAACCAAGAAACGCCGAGUCAAGGGUAAGGAUGGCGCCGUUGAAGAAAUACACGAAAUCACAGAAACUACUGAGUUGCCCGACACGUCGGUAGAAGUGGUUGAAGUUCCGGAAGAGACAACCGUCGAAGAAAUCGAUACACCUGAGGGUAAGUUGACUAUAAAAACUAUCAAAAACCGCACAAAGAAGACAAAACACAUUCGAACGCCAAAGGACAUAACAGUUGACACUAUCACUGACGAAACACUUCCACUAACAGACAAACAAGUAUCGCCGGAGCAAGCAACCCUUAUAGAAGAAUCUCCCGACACAGUCCAAAUUACAGAAGUUCAGACUGAAACUGGUGAAACGCGAACCGUCAAAACAAAGAAACGCCGAGUCAAGGGUAAGGAUGGCGCCGUUGAAGAAAUACACGAAAUCACAGAAACUACUGAGUUGCCCGACACGUCGGUAGAAGUGGUUGAAGUUCCGGAAGAGACAACCGUCGAAGAAAUCGAUACACCUGAGGGUAAGUUGACUAUAAAAACUAUCAAAAAACGCACAAAGAAGACAAAACACAUUCGAACGCCAAAGGACAUAACAGUUGACACUAUCACUGACGAAACACUUCCACUAACAGACAAACAAGUAUCGCCGGAGCAAGCAACCCUUAUAGAAGAAUCUCCCGACACAGUCCAAAUUACAGAAGUUCAGACUGAAACUGGUGAAACGCGAACCGUCAAAAAUAAGAAACGCCGAGUCAAGGGUAAGGAUGGCGCCGUUGAAGAAAUACACGAAAUCACAGAAACUACUGAGUUGCCCGACACGUCGGUAGAAGUGGUUGAAGUUCCGGAAGAGACAACCGUCGAAGAAAUCGAUACACCUGAGGGUAAGUUGACUAUCAAAACUAUCAAAAAACGCACAAAGAAGACAAAACACAUUCGAACGCCACAGGACAUAACAGAUGACACUGUCACUGACGAAACACUUCCACUAAUAGAUAAACAAGUAUCGCCAGAGCAAGCAACCCUUAUCGAAGAAUCUCCCGACACAGUUCAAAUUACAGAAGUUCAGACUGAAACUGGUGAAACGCGAACCGUCAAAACAAAUAAUCGCCGAAUCAGGGGUAAGGAUGGCGCUGUUGAAGAAGUACACGAAAUCACAGAAACUACCGAGUUGCCCGAUACGUCGGUAGAAGUAGUUGAAGUUCCGGAAGAGACAACCGUCGAUGAAAUCGAUACACCUGAGGGUAAGUUGACUAUAAAAACUAUCAAAAAACGCACAAAGAAGACAAAACACAUUCGAACGCCACAGGACAUAACAGAUGACACUGUCACUGACGAAACACUUCCACUAACAGACAAACAAGUAUCGCCGGAGCAAGCAACCCUUAUCGAAGAAUCUCCCGACACAAUCCAAAUUACAGAAGUUCAGACUGAAACUGGUGAAACGCAAACCGUCAAAACAAAGAAACGCCGAGUCAAGGGUAAGGAUGGCGCUGUUGAAGAAAUACACGAAAUCACAGAAACUACUGAGUUGCCCGAUACGUCGGUAGAAGUGGUUGAAGUUCCGGAAGAGACAACCAUCGAAGAAAUCGAUACACCUGAGGGUAAGUUGACUAUCAAAACUGUCAAGAAACGCACAAAGAAAACAAAACACAUACACACCCCACAAGGCAUAACAGAUAACACUGUCACUGACGAAACACUACCACUCACAGACAAACAAGAAUCGCCGGAGCAAGCAACCCUUAUCGAAGAAUCUCCCGACAUAGUCCAAAUUACAAAGGUACAGACUGAAACUGGUGAAACGCGAACCGUCAAAACAAAGAAACGCCGUAUCAAGGGUAAGGAUGGCGCUGUUGAAGAAAUACACGAAAUCACAGAAACUACUGAGUUGCCCGAUACGUCGGUAGAAGUGGUUGAAGUUCCGGAAGAGACAACCGUCGAAGAAAUCUAUACACCUGAGGGUAAGUUGACUAUCAAAACUAUCAAGAAACGCACAAAGAAGACAAAACACAUUCGAACGCCACAGGACAUAAAAGAUGACACUGUCACUGAUGAAACACUUCCACUAACAGACAAACAAGUAUCGCCGGAGCAAGCAACCCUUAUCGAAGAAUCUCCCGACACAGUCCAAAUUACAGAAGUUCAGACUGAAACUGGUGAAACGCGAACCGUCAAAACAAAGAAACGCCGAGUCAAGGGUAAGGAUGGCGCUGUUGAAGAAAUACACGAAAUCACAGAAACUACUGAGUUGCCCGAUACGUCGGUAGAAGUGGUUGAAGUUCCGGAAGAGACAACCGUCGAAGAAAUCUAUACACCUGAGGGUAAGUUGACUAUCAAAACUAUCAAGAAACGCACAAAGAAGACAAAACACAUUCGAACGCCACAGGACAUAAAAGAUGACACUGUCACUGAUGAAACACUUCCACUAACAGACAAACAAGUAUCGCCGGAGCAAGCAACCGUUAUCGUAGAAUCUCCCGACACAGUCCAAAUCUCGGAGAUUCAGACUGAAAUUGGUGAAACGCGAACCGUCAAAACAAAGAAACGCCGAGUCAAGGGUAAGGAUGGCGCUGUUGAAGAAAUACACGAAAUCACAGAAACUACUGAGUUGCCCGAUACGUCGGUAGAAGUGGUUGAAGUUCCGGAAGAGACAACCGUCGAAGAAAUCGAUACACCUGAGGGUAAGUUGACUAUCAAAACUGUCAAGAAACGCACAAAGAAAACAAAACACAUACACACCCCACAGGACAUAAAAGAUGACACUGUCACUGAUGAAACACUUCCACUAACAGACAAACAAGUAUCGCCGGAGCAAGCAACCCUUAUCGAAGAAUCUCCCGACACAGUCCAAAUUACAGAAGUUCAGACUGAAACUGGUGAAACGCGAACCGUCAAAACAAAGAAACGCCGUAUCAAGGGUAAGGAUGGCGCUGUUGAAGAAAUACACGAAAUCACAGAAACUACUGAGUUGCCCGAUACGUCGGUAGAAGUGGUUGAAGUUCCGGAAGAGACAACCGUCGAAGAAAUCUAUACACCUGAGGGUAAGUUGACUAUCAAAACUAUCAAGAAACGCACAAAGAAGACAAAACACAUUCGAACGCCACAGGACAUAAAAGAUGACACUGUCACUGAUGAAACACUUCCACUAACAGACAAACAAGUAUCGCCGGAGCAAGCAACCGUUAUCGUAGAAUCUCCCGACACAGUCCAAAUCUCGGAGAUUCAGACUGAAAUUGGUGAAACGCGAACCGUCAAAACAAAGAAACGCCGAGUCAAGGGUAAGGAUGGCGCUGUUGAAGAAAUACACGAAAUCACAGAAACUACUGAGUUGCCCGAUACGUCGGUAGAAGUGGUUGAAGUUCCGGAAGAGACAACCGUCGAAGAAAUCGAUACACCUGAGGGUAAGUUGACGAUCAAAACUGUCAAGAAACGCACACAGAAAACAAAACACAUACACACCCCACAGGACAUAAAAGAUGACACUGUCACUGAUGAAACAUUUCCACUAACAGACAAACAAGUAUCGCCGGAGCAAGCAACCCUUAUCGAUGAAUCUCCCGACACAGUCCAAAUUACAGAAGUUCAGACUGAAACUGGUGAAACGCGAACCGUCAAAACAAAGAAACGCCGUAUCAAGGGUAAGGAUGGCGCUGUUGAAGAAAUACACGAAAUCACAGAAACUACUGAGUUGCCCGAUACGUCGGUAGAAGUGGUUGAAGUUCCGGAAGAGACAACCGUCGAAGAAAUCUAUACACCUGAGGGUAAGUUGACUAUCAAAACUAUCAAGAAACGCACAAAGAAGACAAAACACAUUCGAACGCUACAGGACAUAAAAGAUGACACUGUCACUGAUGAAACACUUCCACUAACAGACAAACAAGUAUCGCCGGAGCAAGCAACCGUUAUCGUAGAAUCUCCCGACACAGUCCAAAUCUCGGAGAUUCAGACUGAAAUUGGUGAAACGCGAACCGUCAAAACAAAGAAACGCCGAGUCAAGGGUAAGGAUGGCGCUGUUGAAGAAAUACACGAAAUCACAGAAACAACUGAGUUGCCCGAUACGUCGGUAGAAGUGGUUGAAGUUCCGGAAGAGACAACCGUCGAAGAAAUCGAUACACCUGAGGGUAAGUUGACUAUAAAAACUCUCAAAAAACGCACAAAGAAGACAAAACACAUUCGAACGCCACAGGACAUAAAAGAUGACACUGUCGCUGACGAUACACUUCCACUAACAGACAAACACGUAUCGCCGGAGCAAGCAACCGUUAUCGUAGAAUCUCCCGACACAGUCCAAAUCUCGGAGAUUCAGACUGAAAUUGGUGAAACGCGAACCGUCAAAACAAAGAAACGCCGAGUCAAGGGUAAGGAUGGCGCUGUUGAAGAAAUACACGAAAUCACAGAAACUACUGAGUUGCCCGAUACGUCGGUAGAAGUGGUUGAAGUUCCGGAAGAGACAACCGUCGAAGAAAUCGAUACACCUGAGGGUAAGUUGACUAUCAAAACUGUCAAGAAACGCACAAAGAAAACAAAACACAUACACACCCCACAGGACAUAAAAGAUGACACUGUCACUGAUGAAACACUUCCACUAACAGACAAACAAGUAUCGCCGGAGCAAGCAACCCUUAUCGAAGAAUCUCCCGACACAGUCCAAAUUACAGAAGUUCAGACUGAAACUGGUGAAACGCGAACCGUCAAAACAAAGAAACGCCGUAUCAAGGGUAAGGAUGGCGCUGUUGAAGAAAUACACGAAAUCACAGAAACUACUGAGUUGCCCGAUACGUCGGUAGAAGUGGUUGAAGUUCCGGAAGAGACAACCGUCGAAGAAAUCUAUACACCUGAGGGUAAGUUGACUAUCAAAACUAUCAAGAAACGCACAAAGAAGACAAAACACAUUCGAACGCCACAGGACAUAAAAGAUGACACUGUCACUGAUGAAACACUUCCACUAACAGACAAACAAGUAUCGCCGGAGCAAGCAACCGUUAUCGUAGAAUCUCCCGACACAGUCCAAAUCUCGGAGAUUCAGACUGAAAUUGGUGAAACGCGAACCGUCAAAACAAAGAAACGCCGAGUCAAGGGUAAGGAUGGCGCUGUUGAAGAAAUACACGAAAUCACAGAAACUACUGAGUUGCCCGAUACGUCGGUAGAAGUGGUUGAAGUUCCGAAAGAGACAACCGUCGAAGAAAUCGAUACACCUGAGGGUAAGUUGACGAUCAAAACUGUCAAGAAACGCACACAGAAAACAAAACACAUACACACCCCACAGGACAUAAAAGAUGACACUGUCACUGAUGAAACAUUUCCACUAACAGACAAACAAGUAUCGCCGGAGCAAGCAACCCUUAUCGAUGAAUCUCCCGACACAGUCCAAAUUACAGAAGUUCAGACUGAAACUGGUGAAACGCGAACCGUCAAAACAAAGAAACGCCGUAUCAAGGGUAAGGAUGGCGCUGUUGAAGAAAUACACGAAAUCACAGAAACUACUGAGUUGCCCGAUACGUCGGUAGAAGUGGUUGAAGUUCCGGAAGAGACAACCGUCGAAGAAAUCUAUACACCUGAGGGUAAGUUGACUAUCAAAACUAUCAAGAAACGCACAAAGAAGACAAAACACAUUCGAACGCCACAGGACAUAAAAGAUGACACUGUCACUGAUGAAACACUUCCACUAACAGACAAACAAGUAUCGCCGGAGCAAGCAACCGUUAUCGUAGAAUCUCCCGACACAGUCCAAAUCUCGGAGAUUCAGACUGAAAUUGGUGAAACGCGAACCGUCAAAACAAAGAAACGCCGAGUCAAGGGUAAGGAUGGCGCUGUUGAAGAAAUACACGAAAUCACAGAAACAACUGAGUUGCCCGAUACGUCGGUAGAAGUGGUUGAAGUUCCGGAAGAGACAACCGUCGAAGAAAUCGAUACACCUGAGGGUAAGUUGACUAUAAAAACUCUCAAAAAACGCACAAAGAAGACAAAACACAUUCGAACGCCACAGGACAUAAAAGAUGACACUGUCGCUGACGAUACACUUCCACUAACAGACAAACACGUAUCGCCGGAGCAAGCAACCGUUAUCGUAGAAUCUCCCGACACAGUCCAAAUCUCGGAGAUUCAGACUGAAAUUGGUGAAACGCGAACCGUCAAAACAAAGAAACGCCGAGUCAAGGGUAAGGAUGGCGCUGUUGAAGAAAUACACGAAAUCACAGAAACUACUGAGUUGCCCGAUACGUCGGUAGAAGUGGUUGAAGUUCCGGAAGAGACAACCGUCGAAGAAAUCGAUACACCUGAGGGUAAGUUGACUAUCAAAACUGUCAAGAAACGCACAAAGAAAACAAAACACAUACACACCCCACAGGACAUAAAAGAUGACACUGUCACUGAUGAAACACUUCCACUAACAGACAAACAAGUAUCGCCGGAGCAAGCAACCCUUAUCGAAGAAUCUCCCGACACAGUCCAAAUUACAGAAGUUCAGACUGAAACUGGUGAAACGCGAACCGUCAAAACAAAGAAACGCCGUAUCAAGGGUAAGGAUGGCGCUGUUGAAGAAAUACACGAAAUCACAGAAACUACUGAGUUGCCCGAUACGUCGGUAGAAGUGGUUGAAGUUCCGGAAGAGACAACCGUCGAAGAAAUCUAUACACCUGAGGGUAAGUUGACUAUCAAAACUAUCAAGAAACGCACAAAGAAGACAAAACACAUUCGAACGCCACAGGACAUAAAAGAUGACACUGUCACUGAUGAAACACUUCCACUAACAGACAAACAAGUAUCGCCGGAGCAAGCAACCGUUAUCGUAGAAUCUCCCGACACAGUCCAAAUCUCGGAGAUUCAGACUGAAAUUGGUGAAACGCGAACCGUCAAAACAAAGAAACGCCGAGUCAAGGGUAAGGAUGGCGCUGUUGAAGAAAUACACGAAAUCACAGAAACAACUGAGUUGCCCGAUACGUCGGUAGAAGUGGUUGAAGUUCCGGAAGAGACAACCGUCGAAGAAAUCGAUACACCUGAGGGUAAGUUGACUAUAAAAACUCUCAAAAAACGCACAAAGAAGACAAAACACAUUCGAACGCCACAGGACAUAAAAGAUGACACUGUCACUGACGAUACACUUCCACUAACAGACAAACACGUAUCGCCGGAGCAAGCAACCCUUAUCGAAGAAUCUCCCCACACAGUGCAAAUUACAGAAGUUCAGACUGAAACUGGUGAAACGCGAACCGUCAAAACAAAGAAACGCCGAAUCAAGGGUAAGGAUGGCGCUGUUGAAGAAAUACACGAAAUCACAGAAACUACUGAGUUGCCCGAUUCGUCGGUAGAAGAGGUUGAAGUUCCGGAAGAGACAACCGUCGAAGAAAUCUAUACACCUGAGGGUAAGUUGACCAUCAAAACUAUCAAGAAACGCACAAAGAAGACAAAACACAUUCGAACGCCACAGGACAUAAAAGAUGACACUGUCACUGAUGAAACACAUCCACUAACAGACGAACAAGUAUCGCCGGAGCAAGCAACCCUUAUCGAAGAAUCUCCCGACACAGUGCAAAUUACAGAAGUUCAGACUGAAACUGGUGAAACGCGAACCGUCAAAACAAAGAAACGCCGAAUUAAGGGUAAGGAUGGCGCUGUUGAAGAAAUACACGAAAUCACAGAAACAACUGAGUUGCCCGAUACGUCGGUAGAAGUGGUUGAAGUUCCGGAAGAGACAACCGUCGAAGAAAUUGAUACACCUGAGGGUAAGUUGACCAUCAAAACUAUCAAGAAACGCACAAAGAAGACAAAACACAUUCGAACGCCACAGGACAUAAAAGAUGACACUGUCACUGAUGAAACACUUCCACUAACAGACAAACAAGUAUCGCCGGAGCAAGCAACCGUUAUCGAAGAAUCUCCCGACACAGUCCAAAUCUCGGAGAUUCAGACUGAAACUGGUGAAACGCGAACCGUCAAAACAAAGAAACGCCGAGUCGAGGGUAAGGAUGGCGCUGUAGAAGAAGAACACGAAAUCACAGAAACAACUGAGUUGCCCGAUACGUCGGUAGAAGUGGUUGAAGUUCCGGAAGAGACAACCGUCGAAGAAAUCGAUACACCUGAGGGUAAGUUGACUAUCAAAACUAUCAAGAAACGCACAAAGAAGACAAAACACAUACACACCCCACAGGACAUAACAGAUGACACUGUCACUGACGAAACACUUCCACUAACUGACAAACAAGAAUUGCCGGAGCAAGCAACCCUUAUCGAAGAAUCUCCCGACAUAGUCCAAAUUACAGAAGUUCAGACUGAAACUGGUGAAACCCGAACCGUCAAAACAAAGAAACGCCGAGUCAAGGGUAAGAAUGGCGCUGUUGAAGAAAUACACGAAAUCACAGAAACAACUGAGUUGCCCGAUACGUCGGUAGAAGUGGUUGAAGUUCCGGAAGAGACAACCGUCGAAGAAAUCGAUACACCUGAGGGUAAGUUGACUAUCAAAACUAUCAAGAAACGUACGAAGAAGACAAAACCCAUACACACCCCACAGGACAUAACAGAUGACACUGUCACUGACGAAGCACUUCCACUCACAGACAAACAAGAAUCGCCGGAGCAAGCAACCGUUAUCGAUGAAUCUCCCGACACAGUCCAAAUCUCGGAGAUUCAGACUGAAACUGGUGAAACGCGAACCGUCAAAACAAAGAAACGCCGAGUCAAGGGCAAGGAUGGCGCUGUUGAAGAAAUACACGAAAUCACAGAAACAACUGAGUUGCCCGAUACGUCGGUAGAAGUGGUUGAAGUUCCGGAAGAGACAACCGUCGAAGAAAUCGAUACACCUGAGGGUAAGUUGACUAUAAAAACUCUCAAAAAACGCACAAAGAAAACAAAACACAUACACACCCCACAGGACAUAACAGAUGACACUGUCACUGACGAAACACUUCCACUAAUAGACAAACAAGUAUUGCCGGAGCAAGCAACCGUUAUCGAAGAAUCUCCCGACACAGUCCAAAUCUCGGAUAUUCAGACCGAAAUUGGUGAAACGCGAACCGUCAAAACAAAGAAACGCCGAGUCAAGGGUAAGGAUGGGUCUGUAGAAGAAGUACACGAAAUCACAGAAUCAACUGAGUUGCCCGAUAUGUCGGUAGAAGUGGUUGAAGUUCCGGAAGAGACAACCGUCGAAGAAAUCGAUACACCUGAGGGUAAGUUGACUAUCAAAACUAUCAAGAAACGUACGAAGAAGACAAAACCCAUACACACCCCACAGGUCAUAACAGAUGACACUGUCACUGACGAAGCACUUCCACUCACAGACAAACAAGAAUCGCCGGAGCAAGCAACCGUUAUCGAUGAAUCUCCCGACACAGUCCAAAUCUCGGAGGUUCAGACUGAAACAGGUGAAACGCGAACCGUCAAAACAAAGAAACGCCGAGUCAAGGGUAAGGAUGGCGCUGUUGAAGAAAUACACGAAAUCACAGAAACAACUGAGUUGCCCGAUACGUCGGUAGAAGUGGUUGAAGUUCCGGAAGAGACAACCGUCGAAGAAAUCGAUACACCUGAGGGUAAGUUGACUAUCAAAACUAUCAAGAAACGCACAAAGAAGACAAAACACAUACACACCCCACAGGACAUAACAGAUGACACUGUCACUGACGAAACACUUCCACUAACUGACAAACAAGAAUUGCCGGAGCAAGCAACCCUUAUCGAAGAAUCUCCCGACAUAGUCCAAAUUACAGAAGUUCAGACUGAAACUGGUGAAACCCGAACCGUCAAAACAAAGAAACGCCGAGUCAAGGGUAAGAAUGGCGCUGUUGAAGAAAUACACGAAAUCACAGAAACAACUGAGUUGCCCGAUACGUCGGUAGAAGUGGUUGAAGUUCCGGAAGAGACAACCGUCGAAGAAAUCGAUACACCUGAGGGUAAGUUGACUAUCAAAACUAUCAAGAAACGUACGAAGAAGACAAAACCCAUACACACCCCACAGGACAUAACAGAUGACACUGUCACUGACGAAGCACUUCCACUCACAGACAAACAAGAAUCGCCGGAGCAAGCAACCGUUAUCGAUGAAUCUCCCGACACAGUCCAAAUCUCGGAGAUUCAGACUGAAACUGGUGAAACGCGAACCGUCAAAACAAAGAAACGCCGAGUCAAGGGCAAGGAUGGCGCUGUUGAAGAAAUACACGAAAUCACAGAAACAACUGAGUUGCCCGAUACGUCGGUAGAAGUGGUUGAAGUUCCGGAAGAGACAACCGUCGAAGAAAUCGAUACACCAGAGGGUAAGUUGACUAUCAAAACUAUCAAGAAACGUACGAAGAACACAAAACCCAUACACACCCCACAGGACAUAACAGAUGACACUGUCACUGACGAAACACUUCCACUAACAGACAAACAAGAAUCGCCGGUGCAAGCAACCCUUAUCGAAGAAUCUCCCGACACAGUCCAAAUCUCGGAGAUUCAGACUGAAAUUGGUGAAACGCGAACCGUCAAAACAAAGAAACGCCGAGUCAAGGGUAAGGAUGGCGCUGUUGAAGAAAUACACGAAAUCACAGAAACUACUGAGUUGCCCGAUACGUCGGUAGAAGUGGUUGAAGUUCCGGAAGAGACAACCGUCGAAGAAAUCGAUACACCUGAGGGUAAGUUGACUAUCAAAACUAUCAAGAAACGCACAAAGAAGACAAAACACAUACACACCCCACAGGACAUAACAGAUGACACUGUCACUGACGAAAUACUUCCACUAACAGACAAACAAGAAUCGCCGGAGCAAGCAACCCUUAUCGAAGAAUCUCCCGACACAGUCCAAAUCUCGGAGGUUCAGACUGAAACUGGUGAAACGCGAACCGUCAAAACAAAGAAACGCCGAGUCAAGGGUAAGGAUGGCGCUGUUGAAGAAAUACACGAAAUCACAGAAACAACUGAGUUGCCCGAUACGUCGGUAGAAGUGGUUGAAGUUCCGGAAAAGACAACCGUCGAAGAAAUCGAUACACCUGAGGGUAAGUUGACUAUCAAAACUAUCAAGAAACGCACAAAGAAGACAAAACACAUACACACCCCACAGGACAUAACAGAUGACACUGUCACUGACGAAACACUUCCACUCACAGACAAACAAGAAUCGCCGGAGCAAGCAACCGUUAUCGAUGAAUCUCCCGACACAGUCCAAAUUACAGAAGUUCAGACUGAAACUGGUGAAACGCGAACCGUCAAAACAAAGAAACGCCGAGUCAAGGGCAAGGAUGGCGAUGAAGAAGAAGUACACGAAAUCACAGAAACAACUGAGUUGCCCGAUACGUCGGUAGAAGUGGUUGAAGUUCCGGAAGAGACAACCGUCGAAGAAAUCGAUACACCUGAGGGUAAGUUGACUAUCAAAACUAUCAAGAAACGUACGAAGAAAACAAAACACAUACACACCCCACAGGACAUGACAGAUGACACUGUCACUGACGAAACACUUCCACUCACAGACAAACAAGAAUCGCCGAAGCAAGCAACCCUUAUCCAAGAAUCUCUCGACACAGUCCAAAUUACAGAAGUUCAGACUGAAACUGGUGAAACGCGAACCGUCAAAACAAAGAAACGCCGAGUCAAGGGUAAGGAUGGCGCUGUUGAAGAAGAACACGAAAUCACAGAAACAACUGAGUUGCCUGAUACGUCGGUAGAAGUGGUUGAAGUUCCGGAAGAGACAACCAUCGAAGAAAUCGAUACACCUGAUUGUAAGUUGACUAUCAAAACUAUCAAGAAACGUACGAAGAAGACAAAACCCAUACACACCCCACAGGACAUAACAGAUGACACUGUCACUGACGAAGCACUUCCACUCACAGACAAACAAGAAUCGCCGGAGCAAGCAACCGUUAUCGAUGAAUCUCCCGACACAGUCCAAAUCUCGGAGAUUCAGACUGAAACUGGUGAAACGCGAACCGUCAAAACAAAGAAACGCCGAGUCAAGGGCAAGGAUGGCGCUGUUGAAGAAAUACACGAAAUCACAGAAACAACUGAGUUGCCCGAUACGUCGGUAGAAGUGGUUGAAGUUCCGGAAGAGACAACCGUCGAAGAAAUCGAUACACCAGAGGGUAAGUUGACUAUCAAAACUAUCAAGAAACGUACGAAGAACACAAAACCCAUACACACCCCACAGGACAUAACAGAUGACACUGUCACUGACGAAACACUUCCACUCACAGACAAACAAGAAUCGCCGAAGCAAGCAACCCUUAUCGAAGAAUCUCCCGACACAGUCCAAAUCUCGGAGAUUCAGACUGAAACUGGUGAAACGCGAACCGUCAAAACAAAGAAACGCCGAGUCAAGGGCAAGGAUGGCGCUGUUGAAGAAAUACACGAAAUCACAAAAACAACUGAGUUGCCCGAUAAGUCGGUAGAAGUGGUUGAAGUUCCGGAAGAGACAACCGUCGAAGAAAUCGAUACACCUGAGGGUAAGUUGACUAUCGAAACUAUCAAGAAACGUACGAAGAAGACAAAACACAUACACACCCCACAGGACAUAACAGAUGACACUGUCACUGACGAAACACUUCCACUAACAGACAAACAAGUAUCGCCGGAGCAAGCAACCCUUAUCGAAGGAUCUCCCGACACAGUCCAAAUCUCGGAGGUUCAGACUGAAACUGGUGAAACACGAACCGUCAAAACCAAGAAACGCCGAGUCAAGGGUAAGGAUGGCGCCGUUGAAGAAAUACACGAAAUCACAGAAACAACUGAGUUGCCCAAUACGUCGGUAGAAGUGGUUGAAGUUCCGGAAGAGACAACCGUCGAAGAAAUCGAUACACCUGAGGGUAAGUUGACUAUCGAAACUAUUAAGAAACGUACGAAGACGACAAAACCCAUACACACCCCACAGGACAUAACAGAUGACACUGUCACUGACGAAGCACUUCCACUAACAGACAAACAAGUAUCGCCGGAGCAAGCAACCCUUAUCGAAGAAUCUCCCGACACAGUCCAAAUCUCGGAGGUUCAGACUGAAACUGGUGAAACGCGAACCGUCAAAAUAAAGAAACGCCGAGUCAAGGGUAAGGAUGGCGCUGUUGAAGAAGUACACGAAACACAAGAAAUCGAUACACCUGAGGGUAAGUUGACCAUGAAAAACACAAAACACAUUCAUACGCCACACGACAUAUCAGAUGACACUGUCACUGACGACACACUUCCACUCACGGACAAUCAAACGCCGGAGCAUGCGAAAAUUUUUGUAGAUAUACUUGAAAUCAUAGAAACAACUGAGUUGCCGGAUACAUCAAUAGAAGUGGUUGAAGUUCCCGAUAAGACAACCUUAAAAGAAAAUAUGACACUUGUGGUUUACGAAAAAAUUGAGGUUGGGAUGACAGAAGAAGGGAAGACACCUGACCAGAUGCCUGAAAAGCCUGUUGAACCGUCCACGAAACGCAAACUAAAGCUGAAACCACAGAAAAUUGAAGUUAUGCAAAUAAGCCAACCUCAAAAGGUGAAUGAAUUGCCAGAACAUCAGUUUACCACCUUGAAACUUAAAAAACCUUCACAAAAACCUAAACAAGAGGUAAAAGUAACAACUUUACCCAAGUUCCAAUUAAAAAGCAGAAUAAGAUUCAUAAAUGAUUGGCCGCCUAGUCUUGUAAACCCUUUAAUCACUACCAUAGGAAGUAUUAAACAAAACGGUGAACUAUCACGAAAUAUUAAAGAAGCUCAAAAAAUAAGAAAGAAGAUUAAGAUAGACAAAUUACCGGAUCUAGAAAGACCUGAUUUAGAACUUAUUGAAGAUGUAUCUUUUGAUAGUAAUAAAGCUUUACCUAAACCAGACGAUGGACUGGAAACUCCUAAAGAUAUCCCUGUCGAUAUUUUGAAACCUAGCGAUCUCAAAGAAACCAGCAGAGCUAAAAAAUUGAUACCAAUGAAAAUUGAAAAAAAGCUUUUGGAAGUAGAUAAGCCUCAACAUGCUGAGAGCACUGAAGGCCCGCAAUUCAUGCAACUUAAAUUAAAAAAGGCUGUUCCAAAACAAAAAAAAGAGACCACAAUUGUCAAAAUACCGAAAUUGCAAUUAAAAAGCCGAAUAAAAUUGAUAAAUGAUUGGCCACCAGAAAUCAAAAAACUAUCAUUUACUAUAAUAGACAGUACACGACAAAACGGUAUAUUGUCAAGAAAUAUUAAAGAUGCAGCAAAAAUUAAGAAAAAACCAAUUAAAGAACCAAAUCUUUCCAAUGUUGAAAUAACAGAACUAGAAAAGCCAAUGUUUACUCAUGAAGAUCUUAUUGAGAGCAAAGAAAAAAUACCUGAGCUAUACAACGAAACACCGGAAGAAAUUCUCGAACAGUUUACUAUAUUACCUCGAAAGUCUAGUAGCGUUAAAAAAGUAGAAGAAUUUGAGGAUGAGGUUACUAUAAAAAAGAAACUAAAACCGACUAGAAAAUCAUCUACUACUUUACCAGAAAUAACAGAACCCGAAAUAGUACUAUUCAGACCAAAAACAACUAAAACGCUCGAAGAUGUGGAACAAGAGUUUAAUAUUCAACUGAAUUCGUAUGCCGAGGAAGAAAUAUCUAUGUCAAGUAAAGUUAAAUUGAAACAACCGAAGCUUACAACAUUUGGCGAAGAGGCAAGUGAAACUUCAAUUAAACUCUAUGAAGAAGACAAUGAGACACCAGAAGCAAUUGUUAUUUCUGAUGCAGAAGAUAACCAUAUAAAAGAACCAGUUGAUAUUGUGUUGUCUAUGAAAAAGAUUAAUAAGAAAAAAGUUGUUGAAGAUGAUACUUCUGUUAUAAUAGCAAAACCUAAACCAUCUACAGAAAUAUCGGAAAUAAGUGAAAAUGUCAACAUUACUAUGGAGAAAAAGCCUGAGUAUAUCGUUGAUAAUCAAGAAGAAAUAGCAUUCGAUAUAAAACAAAAAGUUGACCAGUCCAAAGAAGAAGACAUUUCACUUUCAAGUAAAAUUAAACUGAAAUCGAAAAGAAUAUUAAGUAAAUCGGAAGCUGCGGAUGAAGUUUCAAUAAAAUUACAUCAAGAAAAUAUUGAUCAAGAUAUUAACGAAGUCGAUGAAAUAAUUAUAAGUGAUGGUGACGUUGAAGAAAAUGUUGAAAUGGUGAUCAAACGCAAACAGAAAAAAGCGCCCUAUGAAGUUAGUGAGGUAGAAGAGUUAAGCAUAGAGUUAAAGCCAAAAAAAAAUGCAGCGUCGAUAUUUGACGAGGAAAAACUUACAGUGUCAACAAAACGAAAAUCAAAGAAACCGUUAACAGUGCAAGAAGCAGACGUUACAAUGAACAUAUCGAGAGAACAAGAGUUCCCAGAAACGCCAGUAAAUGUUCGAUGUGGUGAUAUAGUAUUUGCAGUUUAUUCAUAUAUGGCAGAAAGUGAUGAAGCUAUAAAUCUAGUAGAGGGCGAACGACUAUAUAUACUGGAUACAACGAACCAAGAUUGGUGGUACGUUCGAAAGCAUUUAACAGAAGAAAUUGGUUGGGUGCCAGCACAAUAUCUAAUGGAUGAAGAAACCUACACAUUAUAUUUACAGAAGAAAUUAAACGAAAAAAUUGAUAAGCUACCAGUUUUUGAAAAACCUACAUCGGAAGAACAAGCUAUAGCCCCAAUAUUUGUGGAAAAACUCAGACCAAAACAUACGCCAGAUGGCUCAACCGUUCAAUUUGAAUGUCAGGUUGAGGGAUAUCCUAGGCCUCAAAUCACUUGGUUCCGACAAACGGCCAUUAUUAAACCAUCUCAAGAUUUCCAAAUGUAUUACGAUGAUGACAAUGUCGCAACACUAGUCAUUCGUGAAGUUUUCCCGGAGGACGCUGGAACCUUCACAUGUGUAGCAAAGAAUGCUGCUGGCUUCGCCUCAAGUACUACUGAGUUAAUCGUUGAAGCUCCCCUUUCAGAUCAUGGGUCAGAAAUGACUAUUUUAUCUAGGAAGAGCCUGUCCAGAGAAUCUUCUUUAGCUGAUAUUUUAGAAGGUAUACCCCCCACAUUCUCAAAACGUCCUAAAGCGCAAUACAUUGACGAGGGGUCUGAUAUAUAUCUCGAGUGUCGUUUGGUCGCUAUACCUGAACCAGAUAUAACAUGGCUUUUCAAAAAUGAAGAAAUUAUUCCUAGUGACAAUAUAUCUAUUGUUACGGAAUCAGAUAUGCAUAUGUACUGUAGUGUACUAAAGAUAUCUAAUGUAAGAAAACAUCAAGAAGGUACUUACACAGUACUGGCAGUAAACAGAGAAGGUGAAGCUAGCUUACCAAUUGUACUCAAAAUAAAAACAGGCGAGAAAGAGAAACCACAAGUUAUUGAACCAUUGAAAAAUAUGACUAUAAGGCAGGGAGAAAGUUUUGUUCUCACAGCACAGGUGGUAGGAAACCCAGCACCGAAAGUGGCGUGGUUCAGAAACCAUAAACCUCUCAAUUCCCUUCCAAUCAAAUCCGAUGGAAACGUGCACUCAAUAACUGUAAUUAAGCCUACAAAAGGAAAGGAUGAUGGAGUUUACACACUAAAAGCUGUUAAUUCAGAAGGCGCAACAGAAACCAAUGCUGUUAUUGUAAUAGACGAACCAACCGAAGAAAAUGCUGAACCUCCACUUUUCAUCCACCGAUUCCAAGAGAUAACAGUAAAAGAGAAAGAAACCAUAAAAUUAAAUGCUAAAGUUACAGGAAAUCCAGUCCCAUCUAUAACUUGGUAUAGAAAUAAUAAAAUUCUUACUCCGUCUGAAACAGUUACACAAAGAUUUGACGGAGAAAAUAUAGAAUUAAUUAUAACAAAUGUAGAUUCUGAAAUAGAUUCAGGUGACUAUAAAUGCGUCGCAUCUAACAGUGCUGGAAAAGCAUCACACGGCGCUAAAGUUACAAUCGAUGUAGAAAAAGUCACCUUUGUAAAAAAAUUAAAAACAAAGUAUGAAAUAGAGGAAGGUAAAACAGUUAUGUUAGAAUGUGAAACAUCCCACACCGUAUCCACAAAGUGGUAUCAUAACGCGAAAGAGCUAAGUGGUAUGGAUCAUAGAGAAAUUAUUCAAGAGGGUAGAGUUCAUAAACUUAGAAUUAAAAAGGCAAAGAUCACGGAUGAAGGAACAUUUAGAUGUAUUGUUAAGGGCCAAGAAACAAGUGCAAUUGUAAAAGUAUAUGAAACUAUUCCAGAAUUCAUUAGGAGACUGCAAGACUUUGAAGUUAAAGAAAGAGAUAUCGCUAUUUUAGAAGUCGAAAUUAAUUCAGAAACAGCUGAAGUUAGCUGGGAAAAAGAUGGUGAAAUGCUUAAACCUAAAAAGAAUAAAUAUGAAGUUGAGAAACGUGGCAAUAUUCGUAAACUACUUAUUAGGAAUACCUCUGUACAUGAUGAGGGUGAAUAUAUAUGUAAACUGCGGGAUGAUUCUUGUAGUGCGGAAAUUACAGUGGUUGAGUUACCACCAGAAAUAAUAUCUCGUCUUCAAGACCAACGAGUCAAUAAGGGUUACAAAGCGACAUUUGAAAUUGAGCUUACAAAAGGUGAUGCUCUCGUUAGAUGGUUUAAAGAUAACUCAGAAAUACAAUUCUCAAAUCAUAUUCAACUGACUAUUGACGGAAAGAAACAAAAACUAAAAAUAUACGAUUGUGACUUAAAUGAUGGAGGAGAGUAUGCAUGUGAAGUAGGAAGUGACAGAUGUUCUGCAAAAUUAAGAGUAGACGAGCCAACGAUAGACUUUACGAUGCGUCUUCCAGAAGUCAUUACUGUACCAGCAAACACCGAUGCCUACUUGACAGUUAUAAUACCUGAUGAAAUUAAUGAUGUUUUGUGGUACAAACGUAAAACACUGAUUAAAGAUACAGAUAAAUUCACCUUGAUCAGAGAUGGUAAAAAACGCACUCUUAUUAUUCGGAAAUGUAAUGAAGACGAUCAGUCGGAAUAUUCUUGUGUCUUAUCGGAGGCGAGGAGUUCAACAAAAUUAAAAGUAGAAGUAAUCGAAUAUUCUCCAAAAGUGGUAUCAUAUGAGAAAGAAUACCGAGUAAAGCGGGGUAGUGACAUAACAAUAAGUGUAUUUUAUGAAGCUAACCCACCACCAAAUGACGAAUGGGUCGUCAGCGCUAAAAUUAUAAAGAAAUCAAAACAUAUGAAGCCUUCCAUUGAUUCCAAAGUGGCAAGUCUUACGAUAAAAAAGAUUGAACAUUCCGAUGCUGGUUUAUAUAGAUUAAAACUUCAAAACAAUUGUGGUGAAGUGGAAAUUGAAACUAAACUCAUAGUUAUGGAUCUUCCAUCGCCUCCUGGGACUCCCAAAAUACUCGAAGUCGCUGAUAACUUUGUUAAUAUAUUCUGGAGCGAACCUACUGAUACUGGAUAUUCAGAAAUACAAUGUUAUAUUGUAGAAUACCAAGAAAAUAAUACUACAGAAUGGAUUUCAAUCGAAAACGUCAAACUAAAUCAAUAUUGCAUAGAACACUUGAAGACGAAAUCGUCGUAUAGGUUCCGUGUAUUUGCUGUGAAUGAAGUCGGUGUUAGUGAAGCUUCAGAGGUUACAGAGUUCGUUAGAAUACAAAAAAUCAUUACUGGACAACCACCGACCGUAGAAAACCCCCUGAAAGACGUGGUAGCUGAACCUGAUGAGUGUGUGGAGCUAUCCUGUAUAUUCGGUGGAAUUCCCGAGCCAAAAGUAUCUUGGAUGAAAAACGGAAAACAAUUAAAGACCGCAAAAGCUACUUACGUAAACCGGGUGGCCACUCUUGUAAUAUCAAGUUCAAAAUCAAGCGAAGGCGAAUAUAAAUGUAUAGCAUUAAAUGAAUUUGGUGAGAUUUAUACAUCAUGCCAUGUAGAGAUACAACUGAAGCCUCUUAUAAUAGUCUCAGAUGAUGAAAAAGAUCAAAAGAGAAAGAUAAAUAGUGAAUGGACGGUAGCUGCAUGUAUAGAAGGAAUACCACAGCCAGAUAUUAUUUGGUAUAAGAACGGUACAAAAUUACAAACCACAAAAGACAUAGAGAUCACUACCAGCGAAAAUACAAGUACCAUACGUAUAAUAAGUUUAAAACGUACGCACAGUGGUAAAUAUACGAUUGAAGCUACUAACAAGGCUGGGAAAGCUUCCUUAGAUCUCUCACUUAAAGUGUUUGACAAACCAAGUAAACCUGAGGGACCAAUUGUAAUGCGAGAAAUUAGUAGAGAAUCCGUUACCAUAGAAUGGAAACCUCCAGUAGACGAUGGCGGACUUGAGCUGACUAAAUAUGCUAUAGAGAAACAUGACCCUGAAGUUGACCAAUGGGUAAUGGUGGCUGACGUCAACAAAGAUGUAGAAACAUAUUGUAUUCAAAGACUGAACGAAAAUUGUGAAUAUAUGUUCCGAAUUAUGGCGCAAAAUCCUAUCGGUGUAUCGGACGCUUUAGAAAGUGAACCGAUAGUUAUAAAGACUGCUUUAGACGUUCCAUCCCCACCCCUGGGUCCUCUCGGCAUAUAUGGUAUAGCCCAAAAUUCACUCACAUUGACAUGGAAUCCUCCUGAAAAGAAUGGUGGUUCCAUUAUCCUCGACUAUACCAUAGAAAUAAAACAAGACAACAAAAACUGGACAAAUGUGGCUAUUGUACCAGAAACAUUGGCUGAUAUUGAAAAACUUAUAACAAAUUCCACAUAUCAAUUUAGAAUAUACGCUAGAAAUGAAAUAGGAAAAAGUUUACCUUACGUUCCUGAGGAGAAAAUUUCAAUUGGAAAGACGUUGUCUCCGCCUUCACGACCGCAAAGAUUUAUAGUAAGAGAUAUAACAUCAAGAUCUGUUACACUUCAGUGGAUGGCACCUGAUAGUGAUGGAGGCAGCACAAUAACGAACUACAUUAUCGAAUACAAGACCGUGAAAGGUAAAUCAUGGUCAAAGGUCAUAACAGUUAGCGGAUCAGUAUUCGAGCACUGCAUUGAAAACCUUAAGGAGAAGGAACAAAUCGUUUUUAGAAUAUCCGCUGAGAAUGCGAUAGGUGUUAGUUUGCCCACGCAGUCGCAAAACGUUCGCUUGGACAAACAUGCAACCGUGCCUUCGCCUCCCACCGCGCCAUUGGAGAUCCGAAUGGUCGGUAACAACAUGGUGAUGACGUCGUGGGGCACACCGGAAUGGGAUGGUGGAGCCCCACUUCAAGGGUACAACAUUGCUAUCCGCGACGUCACAAAGACCAUGUGGAUUGAAGUAGGAAAGGUGGAUGCGAAUAACCUGAAAUUCAAUAUUCGUGACUUGAAUGAGAACCACACGUACAUGGUACGGAUUUACGCCAGGAAUGAGAUCGGUCUCAGUGAGCCGCUGGAAUCAGAUGAGCCCUUCAAAGUUCUACCUGGAGAAGAUUCUCACUACGACGAAGAGCCGGGCGAGUAUACAGAAGCAACGGAACCGACGUCCUUCAGUCAAACAACGACUUCCUGGCUUCGGGAUCAUAACAUGGACGCCGACAUCCGAUCGUACGCUCGAGGCUCCCUGCUUAGACGGGACGAGUACUUCUUCAGAAUAUGGUACUACGCCAAACAACUGUUCAAAUGA